GCUCGGGCUUCGUGGGCGAGUCUGUUACUUCGUCCUCUCCCUCAGGGGGUUAAAAGCAAACCUAAGAUCCUGAGGAUAAAGCCUCACUUCGCAUUGGCUGAAAAAGUUUGAAAGCCUCGUCUGAUUGGCUAGCAGGGUAUUAGAGGGAGUUGUGAGCUUCAAUUAAAGGAGUUCCGUAGAGGCGGCUUGUGGAUAAGCGCUCGGAAUUGGAACGGGAAUGUACUGAUAGCUACCGGGGCUGCGGGCACUUACCGUAGUUGGCACGUAUAGCUCACUCCGCGACUGGUGCCCGAACUUGAAUUCGUUUUCGCACACUACUGGCAAAUUCAAGUAGGGAAAAAAAAGGGAAAGAGGGGGAAAGGCAAGCAGAGGAAUGGAUCUGACUUCAGGAAUUCAAAAGGUGUCAAUCAGCCAGCAACCAUCAGGAAGAGGUGUGCCAUGUUUAAGAUGCAGAGGGACAUGCGUUGGCUUUGAGCCCCAUUCUUGGAGGAAAAUAUGCAAGUUAUGCAAAUGCAGCCAGGAAGAUCACAGCCUGAGCUCUGAUGCAGAAGAUGAUCGGAAAAUUGGCCGCUUGCUUUCAGAUUCAAAAUAUUCUUCGCUAACCACCCGGGUGAAAGGAGGUGAUGGAGUUCGCAUCUAUAAAAGGAACCGUAUGAUUGUCACUAAUCCUAUCGUGUCACGGAAAGAUCCAACAUUUGACACUGUUACAUAUGAAUGGGCUCCACCUGGAUUGACUCAGAAGCUGGCUACCCAGUACAUGGAACUGAUUUCGAAAGAAAUGCAGCCAGUGUCUGGUACAGAAGGUGCUUAUUAUCGUCGCAGGAGAUUGAUAAGACAACUUCCUGUUUAUGACCAGGAUCCUUCCCGCUGCCGGGGCCUCUCAGAGAGUGAAAUAAAGUUGAUGGAAGACUUUGUGAAGAAAUAUAAAGAGGAUGUUCUUGGCGUCGGGGAAGUUGCACUACCUGGUCAUGGAGGAAUCGCCAAAAAUGAAGGGAAGCAACCUGAUAAAAGCAUUCCUGCAAGUGAGGAAGCUGUUUCAACCAAUGGAACACUGGGUGAUGUGCCAAAAGGGCAGGAAUUGUUCUGCAACCUCUGCAAGCAAGCGCUGUCUUUAGAAUGUCCUGUGGUGUAUGCUGACAGAGCAGGCUAUGAUCAUCAGUGGCAUCCUGCGUGCUUUGUGUGCUCCAAGUGUUCUGAACCACUUGUUGAUCUGAUCUACUUCUGGAACAGUGGGGCCAUCUGGUGUGGACGCCAUUACUGUGAGAGUAUAAGGCCACGCUGUGCAGCCUGUGAUGAGAUAAUAUUUUCUGGGGACUAUCAGCAAGUCGAAGGCCUCACCUGGCACAAGCAACACUUUACUUGCCUGGAGUGCGAGACCUUGCUCACUGGCCAACCAUUCAUCCUGGAUACAGCCAACCUUCUAUGUACAGCUUGCAGUAAAAAGAAGCAUUCUUAAUCAGCAUGUGUCACAAAUCAAAGUUUUUGUUUUAUGACUCAGAUCAGAUUUGAAUUAAUGGGACAAAAACACGGGGGGGGGAGUCUUAAGUGAAGAAAGUCACUUCAUAGUGGACUGGGACUACUGUGGCUAUUUACAAUCAAGUAAUUCUGGGAAACAAGAUGGGAAAUGAUGACAGGGUAACAAACGCAUUGGGGUGAAAUCUAGAGAAUGGGAUGUUCUAGCUCCUUUGGGAGAAAUACUAAGUGUAACCCAGUGUUGUGGUAACCAGCACCCACUGUGUUUAAUUAUUCAUUGACAGCAUGUUAUAAUAACUAAUCCAGGUAGAAACCUGGAUUGGUAGAAACAUGCAGAAUUCUUAAUUUUGCUGUUGGAUCUUGCUAGUUUCUUGUUAUGAAAGUGCUAUAUUUAUAGAUUAAACCAUCACACUAACUGCAGCCAAAUUAGUGGCUUUAAAGAACUGAUUGUUAGGAAUGAACUAAGUGGCAAAACAUGUAACACUGACAUUCAUGAGAGUUUUUCUCUUGUAAUGACCGAUUUCUCAGAUGUAAGUUAUCUGCUUGUUAACAUGCAGCUACAAUUUGAGUAUAGUUAUAUUACUAUAGUAAACUGUUUGUCCUCAUGUUCUUCAAUAUAUUGUAAGAAUGGCUUAUCCAGGGUAAUUGGAACAGAUGUAUAUUGUAACCAGUAUGAAAAAAAAAUCUAGCUAUAGCUAUUGUUAAAGCAAAUGUGUAAGCCUUAUCCUUUGUUUUUGAUAAUUUGGGGGGGGGGAUGCAUAGUUUGUGGCCCCAAUUAUAUUAUGUUCCAGUUUCAUACCUUUAAAAAUAUCCCACGUGGAGCAGUCCUGUUGCCACCGCCACACGGGAGGAGUAAUGGAUAACUGGUUUGUGUGCACCAGAGUCUGACUCUCUCAAAACUCCAUUCAUACAGUUUUAUCUCCCUUGGAAUUAGAGGGUUCGAUCAAGUGUUGGCAGAAAUGCACUUGCUUCUAUGUUUCUUCUCCACCUGCCCCCACCCCCUGCAGAUGCCCAUUACUAUUUGGUCUCAACCACUGGAUCCCAUUAGAGAUGUGGAGACCUUCAAGUCCUUUUGAUAAUCUUUUUAUUUACAAUAUUCUGACUAAUGUUUUUGAUUGAGACUCUUGUAAGCCUAAACUGUAGGAGUUUAAGAAAAAAGCACAUGGUCAUAAACUCUGUUCAUCCAAUAAGAAGGCAUUAACUCUUGUGACAAGAAUACACUGGAACAUUAAAAGUCUAUCCAGUUCCUGGGGUUUUUUUGCUCAUGGUUAGCAAUAAGGCUAAUACUAGUUGCAUGACUUUAUGAAGCUGAUACUUUUAAUACAAAUUCAGGCCAUUUAUAACAGAUAACCAAGGAAGCUAUAGAAACUUUUUAAAAUUAUUAGUCCUCUGAAUAUUUGGUUCAGCCAACUAUACGGGUAUAGGCAUCUUUAGUGAUGCAGUAGGAGCAGAAAUUACUUGAGGUGGAGAACUAAAAUCUCAGUUUGUCUGAUUUUAGACAUAACACCUGUUAGACACUUGUAUUUUGUUUUCAGAUAUAUAAUCAGUGUGCUUAUUUAAACAAUGGAUGGUAUGCAGCUAAGUCUACUCAGAACAGACCUAUUGAAAUUAAUGGAUUUAAGUUUAGUCAUGUCUAUUAAUUUCAAUGUGCUGACUCUGAGUAGAACUAAUAAUGGAUACAACCCAAUGUAUGGAAGCUAGGUAAGAGUUCCAUGUAAAUACUGGAGGGUUCACCUAAGCUUCUUCAGUAAACUUUAGUACUGGGCAGCUUUUGUGUAUCUUGAAAAAAUAUCUUAUAUUUUAAUAUGGGAAGUGUAUAAAGCACAGGAGAGCUCUGUUGCCACAUUGGAUCUGCUACAUGGUGCAGUCUCUAGAUUUGAAAUAAACACUGCAGCUCUGCUGACAUCUUCCCAUCAGUGAUGAUGAAGAAAUGUGCCCCAUUGACUCAAAGGUCUAUAUUUGAUUCUUCCUAGCAAUUAGAAGAUAAGACAUAGCAGGUUGUGUAACAGGAAUAUUUGCACAAGAAUCACUGAAGUGUAUACCUGUGGACUUGGUUGGAGUGCAUUGAUUUCAGUGGUGCUUACACAGGAGAAAUUCCUGGUGGAUUCAGUCUGGGGCUGUAAACCUAAAUUUCACACAUGUACACUCUGAACAUACUUACAUGUGUGUGUUUAAAAACUGGAGCAAAAAUACAUAACUUGUUUCAUCAGUGGUAGAUAUGGAAAUUGUGUCUUAAAAGAAAUGAUACUUAAUCUGCAUUUUUUAGCAGUGGUUACCUGUAAAUACACACAUACACACACAAAUAAACAGUUUUAUAUACAGUUUAACAAAGGCUUUUCAUGGUGCAAAAAUAAUUGCUUUAAAAUCAGUGCAGCGCUGUUGAUAUUUCUCUUCUUAAAAGAAGUUUAGAAGCCUAUUAAAAUAUCAAUACAGCUCUAAUGAAGGCAUUGAUGUCAGUGGCAUUUGGGUGUUCACCCCCCCACACAAAAAGAGUGGUAAUUUAGAGCCAAUUUAAUUUCACAGAUUAUGCUGUAGGAAAUGAUAGAAAUCUGGGUUGUUCCACUUGCAACUGCAAGUGGAAGAUGGCAUUUCUUAACAUUCCUCUCUGCAUUUAGCAAAGUGACAGAUCAGAAAUAAGGUGGGUAUAUCUUUCUUCCUAAAUGAUAGUUCACUACAUUCAAGGAGCUUUUUACGUUGAUGACCUUUAAAAAACACACACUUAGCCACCCUCCCCACAGGCAUUUGGAAUUGGUACAGUUCAGAUUACCUCUGCAUCAGUUUUCAUAAUGUUUAAAUGCAACCUAUAGAAUGAGAGCUGGUCUAAAGUGAGCAUAAAAGCAAUCACAGUUUGGCCACCAUCUGCUUUGGGGAGGGGAGGGCAACAAAGGUAUGUCCUUCCUAAACAUUGCUUGCCCACCUUGUGUCUGCAUAAUAGAAGCGACCACCACAGAGGGGGCAAUGGCGUCUCUCAAGGCAUGUCUUACAUUUUUCCUUUUAAUGAUAGCAAUUUGUUCUAUUUUAAAAUAGAAGUGAGGGAAUGGACCUGUGUUCAAUGUGCCUGAAUAUAGGAAUAAAUAGGUCUUGGUUAGUUUUGUGCUUUAGCUCAAAUUCUAGUCUCUCUAUGUAGGAUCAAAAUUAAGUUGUACCUGACUUUGAAAAAACAAUAUAGAUGCUACUCUUGGGAUGGAUACUCUUAAUGCCUUGAUUCCGAACAUUCUCCACUGGUUAUUUCCCUUCUGCUGCAACACUAGAGGAAAUAUUUUAUUUUUCUGGCAUAAUUUGGUUCAUGCUUGUCCUGUCCUGCACUAAUCAUUUACAGCCAUGAGAAGUCCUAAGUGUGGGAUAGUUAUCUGGUUGUCAGUGGGAGUGCUGGGAGUGCACAAUUAAGUGGGUGGGGUUGAUUCUAUUUCUAUGGGAUGUUAAAGCAUGCUCUGGAUUGUGCCUAAUAGCUUUUGUUCACUGGUGCAAUCUGAGAGUUGCAAUAAAUUUUCAAAGAAACUAAGUAUUCUCAGUAGUAAAUUUGGUAGGAGAAACUUUCCGGCUGCCAAAAGAUUGUGCCAAAUUAGAAAUUAACAUAAUGAUUCAUCUCUGCAUGGACUGGGGUCAACAUGGAGCUCCCUUCUUCACCAGCUUUCAGCUUAUACUGCCAUUCAUGCUUGAGUUCCCUACACUCAUCUAGCCGUUUUUUCUCCCUGGUAUGCUAGUCACUUAAGCUUCGCAUACCAGGAACUUGAAAGCCAGUAUGCAGCAGUGUUUAUGCACACAUGCCAGUGAAGCCCUAUGCUGAUCUGUCCCUGCAUAGCAGGGGUGGGAAACUUGUGACCCUACUGAUGAUGAUGGACUAUCACUCCCAUCAUCCCUAACAAUUGGCCCUGCUGACUGGGGCUGAUGGGAAAUAAAGUCCACCAGCAUUUGGCACACUGCAGUUUCUCUGUCUCCCUGCAUAGGAAUGGAUCAUGCUCUGCAGUUCUACAUAUCAAGUUAGAUGACCUGAUAGCUUCAUCUAAGACAAGCCAGACUUCCUGGAAACUUAGGUUGGUUCGCAAGAUUGCUGUGGCGUAGUGCUACAAAACAUAGGUGUGAUCCCCAGUGCAAGAUGUGAAGAAGUCAAUGAUAUUAAGCAGAAUUGUAUACCGUCUUAUUAUGUUUAUAUUGCCAGGGAUGUUACCACACUACUGAAAGAAGUAACCCAUUACAUAUGUUUGACUGGACAGUGGUUUGUCUUAAGGCAAAUUGCCAAGUUCUGAUUCACUGGAAGGCUGGUGCUUUGAAAAAUGUUAUCCAUUAAAUUCUAUCAGCUUGAUUGGGCACAAUUUACUAACCUCUGUUUCCAUACAACUCCAACCCUUCCCCCUUUUUCUUUCAAUGGCGGCUGCAGGUGAAAUAGUCUUUGGAGAAUUGUGCCCAACUCCUCUGCAUGGUUUUUAUAUACGCAUAGUGUGACUAAUAAACGAAUAGUCAUGUUGUUUAAGUUGUAGAGCUUAAAAUACCUAACAUUUCCCGUAAAGUUAUCUGAUGAAAUGUUUCUUAAAUGCUUAAAGUGUUAAGAAAUAAAAUAAAAUGUUAAAAAUAAAAACUUUCUGAGAUGUGUCUUCA